AGCGGUUGGUCGGCCGCUCGGGGAGCGCGGCUGCGCGGUCACUCGGGGAGCGCGGCUGGUCGGCCGCCUCUCGCACACCGUCGAGAGCCGGAGCUCGGGUCCCCGCGGGGGAGGCGAUGGAUUCGGUCUUUGUUACGGUCGGGACCACGAGCUUCGACCAACUCAUCGAGUGCGUGUCAUCUGACGCAGUGACCCGGAUUCUACAGACAUUGGGCUGUCGAAAGCUGACGCUCCAGGUGGGCCGGGGCUCAGUGGAGCCCAAGGCUUUCACUGGCCCAAGUUUCACUCUCGACGUCUUCAGGUUCAAGGAGUCCAUAGCAGAAGACAUCCAGAGCGCUGGACUGGUCAUCAGUCACGCAGGUGCAGGCAGCUGUCUGGAGGCACUCGGCGCUGGGAAACCUCUCAUCGUCGUCAUCAACGAAAAUCUGAUGGACAACCACCAGCUAGAACUGGCCAAGCGGCUGCACCGCGAUGGGCACCUCCUGUACUGCACCUGCAGCACACUUCCUGAAACGUUGCGAAGCCUGGACUUCGCCUCGCUGGAACCCUUCCCUCCAGGGCACCCAGAAAAAUUCGCAAACUUUGUGGAUAGAAUCGUGGGAUUGGACAUGCAGAAGGGGUGUAGGAAGUACUUUGGACAGAAGUCUCUGAGCGAAGUGACGAUGGACGAGUACCUGAGCAGUCAGGGGCUGUACCGCAAACUCACAGCCAAGGACGGGUCCUGUCUGUUCAGGGCCGUCUCUGAACAGUUGUUUCUGACGCAGAUCCAUCACUUGGAAAUCCGACGAAUGUGCAUUACCUACAUGCGGGUGAACCCCAGCAAGUUUGAAGCAUUUGUGGACGGUUCCCUGGAGAAGCGCUUGGAACGCCUGGAGGAUCCCAAGGAAUGGGCUAGCGUGCUGGAGAUCAGUGCUCUGUCAUUGAUGUACAAAUGUGAUUUUCACGUGUAUCGUUACCCUGGAAAGCCACCCACGCAAGUCACCGAUAACGGGUUUGAGAAGAAGAUCUUGCUGUGCUGUUCGAGCAAUGGCCAUUAUGACAGCGUGUUCACAAAGCAGUUUCACGGAGCUGCAGCCACUUGUCAAGCGGUCGUGUAUGAAAUCCUGUACCGGGAUGUGUUUGGGGUGAGUGAGGAGGAGCUGACAGCUGCGGUGGAACUGUUCCGCAGCCACUCCAAGAAAACCAGGCGGGAGAAUAUUUCCCAGACCAGCGAGGAGCCGGAGAACUCGGAGAAGGAAGCACGGAAGGAUCAAGCAGAAAGCAGUGACCAUGAGAAUGCCCCAAAAGACAAGCCAUCCAAGCCUGGAGCGGUGGAUGUAAAGACCACAGAUGGCCCUUCAAAGAUGCCGUUCCCCUUUAAAGUGCUGAAGGCUUUGGAUUCCGAGAUCUACCGCAACGUGGAGUUUGACGUUUGGCUGGACAGCAGGAAAGAACAGCAGAAGGUGGACUACAUGAUGGUCUCCGGAAGGCAGUACUGUUUAGGAGACAAGUGUCAGGUUAAGCUUGAUCAAGGAGAAAAGUACUACAAUGCUCACAUUCAAGAGGCCGGGCAGGAUGGGAACUCAGUGACCGUCUUCAUAGAAGAGCUGGCUGAGAAGCACACUGUUCCACUGAUUAACCUGAAGCCUGUGACUCAGGUGACUCCGGUUCCUGCAUGGAAUAUGAUGCCCAACAGAAAGGGUGGAAACUACCAGAAGAUGCCAAGUGGAUAUGUUUCUGAGUUAGAUCUCGAUCCCAAAUCUCGCAAAAGGUUCAUAAAAAAGAUUCGUGGGAAGGAGAUCUUCAUGGCGUUCGCUUACGGCCGAGGCCAGGCCCUGCUCCCCCCUCGCCUGCAGCACAAUGCCCCCCCUGGCAGAGGGCCCCUCCCUCCUCCCCAAAACCCCAACUUUGUUCAGUACGACCACCCCCCACCAUCCAGAGCUGGGAGAAGCAGCUAUGGACCCUCCAGGAACCAAGCCGGUCGCUUCAUGAACCAACGCGGCUUUGUUAACCCUGACUACACGUGUGCAUACUCUGGCUGUGGGAAGCGAGGUUACCAACACUAUGACAACUUCACCUACAGAUCCCGCAGAAACCGCAGGCCUGUGCAGUACGUGAACAAGGAUUGCCAGUACAGCUACAUCCCCGAGAAUCCUCAAGAGCAGCGAGCCAUUGAGGAAACCAUGGGUUUCUACCAAAUUGAAGAAGGAAAUGAGCCAGGCUAUCAUCCCCUCCACGAACACUCAGCUUCGCAUCCAGUUGUGCCAGCUCUGCCUGGGUACUGGGUGCCCAGGAGAGGGAGUCCAGGCUCCGGCAGCAAGCCCAUCAACUCUUCUGAAGAAGCCGAGGAGCGGGGUGAUGGAGGUGAAUAUCAUGAAGACUUCAUUUAUGCAGCAGCAGAUCCUGUUUAUUCUGACCCAGAUGUGUAUGCGACUGCAGAGUCCACAGCCAACCUGUCGAUUCAGGAAGAGACCUCUGGUGCAGAGCCUCCCCAGGAGGGCCAGCUUGGCAAUCACUUUGCUUACUCACAGCAGGUGAUUGGCAGUGUGCCAGUGGCUUCAACCGGUGUCAGUGCAGUGCCCAUGGCUGGCUUCUCUCACUCGGCAGAAAGCUGCCAGACAACCAUGACCUUCAGCAACGCAUCUCAGCAGCCUGGCAUGUCGCCCAUCCUCGUGUCACCUCAACCAGUUGGGAGACCAGGGCCUGCCAACGGGAUGGGAGAACCUCUGAGUCCUCCUGUGCUGCCACCGUACUCCUUUGACCCCAAUGGCAACGACCUCCCACAAGAUAAAAAAGUUGUCCAAUAUUACUUCAACCUGGGUCUGCAGUGUUGCAGCCAAAGCUACUGGCAGUCAGUGUAUGUGCAGCAGCCACCAGCAGCGCAGGAUAUCUACUCGCCUUUCCCCGGACCCCCUCAGCCCACAGACCACUCGCCCAUGUCACAGCUGUAUGGCGAGGUUGGGAGGAGUGAGGAGCAUCACAGCCCUGUGGACUCCGUGGGCAACGGUUCCUACCUGGCAGCUGAGCCCCAACCUCUCCCCCACACCACGGUGUACUACCCAGUGCUGACCGACCCUUGCAUCCAGACAUCCAUGUCCACCUAUGAUCCUUGCAUCCCUGUGGCUCCCACCUUCCACUACAUGGGACCCUGGUAUCCAGUCAACCAAAUGCAGAACAAUUCCUCUCCGCUCCAAGCCAUGAGCUGCCCAGCACCUCCUCCUCCGCAGAUGAACUACACACCUACCGGCCAACCCCAACCCCCAAAUUAUGUACCUCACUGAGGUGAAGGGGGGAAGGGAAAUGUAUGUCUAAAAGAUUUCCUACAUGGUUAAGAGUAGAUCACUGUCCACUGUUUGUUCUUCCCCUCUUCCUGUCCCCUUUCUCUUUGAAGAUGUAAUUUAUUGGAGGUAAAUUUUUGGGGUUCAGACCAGCUUGGGCAUGCUUGCCCUUCAUCUCUCGCCAAGCCUUACACUCACUCUGUGAGGUUCUCUAUCUCCGCUCUGGGCCACAAUUUGGGGGAUGUUUCUUCUCUGUCGCUGUCUAGCGUUUGAGUUCUCAGUGGUCAUCUCCUCGAUGACGUUCUUCAGGUACGAUCUCAUCUCCACCCCCUCCCCAUUAGUCACUUUAAUCCACUUCUGGGUUUAGCUGACGUACAAUCAGUAAACUUCUACCUCAUGCUGAGAAACACUCGGGAGAUUGAAAUGUCAGUUCCUAGUUUGUGAUCCUUUCGUGAAAGGUUUCUUCAUUGGAGAUUUGUAUGAGCGGGAGAGGAGACUAGACCUAAAGUAAGCUUUGGCGUCUUCCACUUCAUUGUGUUGGGCGGGAGAUGUUGAGGGGUUUGGUCUGUUGUGACCCAAUGUGGUUUCCUGGUCUUUUGUCACGCGAAGGUUGUGGGUUGUUGUUUAUUUAAAAAAGAGGGAAAAA